AUGGGGUCCGUCGUGAGCUCGGCUGCGAACGGCGUCGGUACGCUCGUCUGGAACGUCAUGUCCGCGCCGUUCAAGCUUCUCUUCGGCGCCUCGUGCGAGGGCGUUUGCUCGGGGACAUGGGACCUGCCCUGCUUCAUCGAGCACGUCUGCAUCUCCAGCCUGCUCAGGCUCUUCGUCGUUAUCAUCGUCACCUACAUCGUGCUGCUGUUCGGGUAUGCCCUCUGCAAGCUGGGGAUCGUCAAGUGCGUGGCCAAGAACGCCUUCAAGGUGGUGUGGAAGCCCUGCUCGGCCUGCUGCCGCGCGCUCGGCCUCCUCUGCCACAAGGUGCGCGACACCAAGCGCGUGUACCGCGGCCGGCGCGGCCGGCGGGAGCGGGACGUCGAGCUGGGGGAGCCCAGCAGCACGAGCCGCGACGGCACGCGCCACUCAUCCUCGUCCUCCUCCUCCGACGACGACGGUGAACGCCGCCGGGGCGCAGCGGCGGGCAGCAGGUCGAGGGGGAGAUCGUUGUCGUCGUCGUCGUCGUCAUCGUCCUUGUCCGUGCGGGAGAGGAGGAAGGACAGGAUCCGGCAGUCCCUGCGCCUCAAGAGGGUCAGCUCCAAGAUGGAGCGCGCUGCGAGGGUAAGCCAGGGGAGUGGACGGCCGCAGCACCGCCACUCGAGGUCGACCGGGGCUGGGCCGAGGAGAACGGAGAUAGGCCCCUGGAAAAGUUCUAAUUCUCGGACGGGGUCCUUGGUCGCGAUUUUUGGAACAGAGGAUGGGGUGCUUCCCGGCGGCGAGGGAGAGGUGGGGGAGCAUGAGGGCCUCGAGAGCUACCUCUGGGUGGUCUCGGUUGAUGUCGGGGUGGCCGGAGGAGGGCCGGCGACAGGAACAGGUGGCCGGCGGCGGCGGUGA